AUGUACAACAGUAAUCUCGACAUCUGGAUUGCCGGAGCAUUUGCUGCAGUGACCGUCGACUUGAUCGUGUACCCCUUCGACACCCUCAAAACCCGAAUCCAAUCGCCCGAUUACAAGCGACUCUACAAGGAUGCAGCGACAGGAGCAGUGCGCCGGAGAGCCCUCUAUGGAGGUUUAUACCAGGGAGUUUGGAGCGUGGUGCUGUCGACAAUACCAGGUUCAGGAGCCUUCUUCACCACCUACGAAGCAGUCAAGUACACCCUGACGAACGCGUCAACGCACCACCACAAUCCAGACAACAACCCUCUCCCCUUCACACACUCCCUCCCGCAACCCAUCAUCCACGCCAUCUCCUCCUCGACCGCGGAAAUGGUCGCCUGCCUCAUGAUGACGCCCGCCGAAGUCCUAAAGCAGAACGCGCAGGUCACCAACGUGAACGCCAGCAAGGGCGGGCAGGACGCGAAGAGCGCCAUGACGCAGGUUAUCGCUCGGUUCAAGCAUCGGCCCUGGAAGCUGUGGAGCGGUUACACGGCGCUGGUGGGGCGCAAUCUGCCCUUUACGGGGCUGAAUUUCCCCAUGUUUGAGUUUUUCAGGUCGCAUCUCGUGGAGUGGAGGAAGAGGCGGAAGGAGGAUGGUGGGAUACAGACGCGGGAGUGGGAUCCGCUGGUGGAGAGGGCGGCGCUGACGGGGAUGUCGGCCUCUAUGUCCGGGAUGAUCGCGUCGGUCGUGACGACACCGAUUGAUGUGAUCAAGACGAGAAUGAUGCUUUCGGCCAGUGAGAAUAACAAUGGUGGUGGGGAUAGAAGCGCGAAGAAGAAGACGGCUGGCCGGGGAACGCUCAAAGUGGGGAAGGAGAUCUAUCGCAAUGAAGGGAUCAGAGGUCUCUUCAAGGGCGGUGCAAUCCGCGCUGGGUGGACGGCUGUCUCGCUCAGUAUGUAUCUGAGCAUGUAUGAGGCGGGAAGGUUCUAUCUAGAGAACAGACGGCGGGAGAAAGAUGGGUUGAACACACGGGUUGAAGUAGAUGGAUCGAAAGAGGAGGCUGCCAUCUAG